AUGAAUUCUUUUUUAAGUGGCAUCUUGAUUCUGUUUACUGUCUUUAGGAACCAUGUGCACGCUCAUGGGUAUAUGUCAAGCCCACCUUCCAGAUCAUAUAUAUGGCACGACCAAAAGUUCAAAGCGUUAGACCCACACGUUAAUUACAACUAUAUGGGCUUAAAUUGUGGCGGACUCGCAACACAAAUGGCAAAUGGUGGAAAAUGUGGCGUUUGUGGUGAUAAUAUCAACGGUCCGAGAGAAAAUGAGUCGGGACCAGAAGGCAAAUAUGCACAGGGCAUAAUUUCAAAAUGUUACGCUAGUAACAACGUAAUCGAUGUUGAGGUCCAUUUAACAAGUAACCAUCUAGGGUGGAUGGAGUGGAGACUCUGUGAGCUAAAUGACCCAGAGAAAACCUCAAACCAGGACUGUUUCGAUGACAAUCUACUGGAAAUAGUUGGCAUUAGUGGAGACAAUUGGUACAGAGAUGGAACCAGUCGAUUGAAAAUUGACCCCAGUAAGCAGAAAUCUAACGAUAAUUUUUACGUAUCGUUGUUCAUACCAAAUGAUGUGAAAUGUCAAGCAUGUGUCUUACAGUGGAUUUAUAAAGCAGGUAAUAACUGGGGUUGUGAUAAUAUUGAUGGUGUUAAAGCUUGUGGUAUUGGCCAUGGUGAUAACCAAGAAGAGUUUAGAAAUUGUGCCGACAUUGCUAUU